AAAGGACUGACUGAGAGCAGCAGAGGAGGGAGAGUCAGUCAGUGGAGCUGUGAAGUCAAAGAGAGUGGGAGUGAGUGUGUUAGAGAAACAAACUGCUCGAAAGAUUCAACCAGAGAAUCAGAGGAGGAUUUCUUGCAUUUAGAAAUGCCGUGCUAACCAGAUAACUGUUGAACUUACAGAUCUGUGAGGAGAAAAAGAGAGAGAAAGAGAAGAAAUAGGAUACAGGGAAAAGGGGGGAAAAAAAGAAAAGUGCCAGAAUAGCCUACAAACGGAGCCAGAGGAAACCUAGAGAAAAAGAAGAGGACCCUCCUCUUCUUUGGAAUCUGAUACUCAGCUGUGAACACAUUUCUGCAUUAAGAUGGAAGUCUACACUGUAACAGUAGCAACUGGAACAUCAGAGUAUUCAGGCACUAACAACUACAUCUACGUGACCCUGGUGGGGGAGAAAGGAGAGAGUGAACGCACCCUGCUGGACAACCCUGGACUUGACUUCUGUCGAGGAGCAGUGGAUCAGUACAAGGUGACCAGUCCUUCACAUUUAGGCUCCCUUCUACUGGUCAGACUGCAGAAACAGAGGUACUGGUUGGAAGAUAACUGGUUCUGUCGCUACGUCACAGUGGAGCCUCCAGGCGGCGACAAAGUGCUGACUUUCCCUUGUUACCGCUGGCUCAUAGGAGACGUCAAGGUGGAGAUAAGAGAGGGAACAGCGAAGACACUGAGGGACGACUCCUUACCUCUGCUGCUGGCACACAGGAAGACAGAGCUGCAGGAGAGACAGACCACUUACAGAUGGGUGACGUGGGCUCCAGGGAUCCCCAGAUGUAUCGACGCUAAAACAGAAGCAGAUUUACCCCAAGAUGCCCGCUUUGACAAUGAGAAGAGGAGCGACUUUGAACAUUCAUUACACUAUGCCUUGCUAGAGUUGUCUCUGAAGAAGAUGGCCAUCAGGUUUGGGAAGUCCUGGAGUGACCUGGACGAUUUCAAACGGAUCUUCUGGAAGCUGCGAAGCCCCAUAGCUGAGUACUGUAUGGAGCACUGGAAAGAGGACUCCUUCUUUGGCUACCAGUGUAUGAAUGGCUCUAACCCAAGGAUGAUCAAGAGGUGCAAGAAGCUGCCAGAGAACUUCCCUGUGGUAGCAGACAUGGUGCAGAGCUCCAUGGCUCCCAGGACCAACCUGGACAAAGAACUUAAGGCAGGGAAUAUCUACCUGUUAGACUACGCCAUGUUGGAUGGGGUUCCCACCAACACAAUUAGGGGUCAACCUCAGUACAUCGCUGCUCCACUCUGUCUCCUGUACCAACAUCCAGAUAACGGACUCAUACCUAUUGCUAUACAGCUAGAGCAGACUCCAGGCCUGGACACGCCCAUAUUCCUGCCCAGAGACCCGCCCCUGGCCUGGCUGUUGGCGAAGAUGUGGGUGCGUCACGCUGAGUUCCAGGUGUUCCAGCUGCUGUCUCACCUGCUCAGGACUCACCUGGUGGUGGAGGUGUUUUGUGUAGCUACUCUGAGACAGCUGCCCGCUGUGCACCCUAUAUAUAAGCUAAUGGCUCCUCAUCUGCGCUACACUCUAGAGAUCAACUGUCGGGGGCGCACUCAGCUCAUCUCCCCUAACGGCAUCUUCAAAAGGGUUGUGUCCACAGGUGGUGAUGGCCUGUUGAUUCUGUCUCAGAGGGAGUACAAGGAGCUGACCUACCGCUCCCUCCAGCCCCGCAAUGACUUCACUGACAGAGGAGUUUCCGAGCUAAGGAACUACUUCUACAGAGAACACAGUCUGAUGAUAUGGGAGGCCAUACUCAGUUUUGUCUCAGGUAUGGUCAGCCUGUUCUACCAGUCAGACCAGGAUGUGCAGGAAGACCUGGAGCUCCAAGCCUGGAUCAGAGACAUAUCACAGGAAGGCUUCACAGAGCUCCCCAACUUUGGUCUGUCCAGUACGCUCAGCACCAGAGAGGAGCUCUCCACCCUGCUGUCAGUGUCCAUCUUCACCAGCACAGCCCAGCACGCUGCCACUAACAACGGACAGUUUGACUGGUGUGCCUGGGUCCCCAACACCCCCUGCACCAUGAGACGCCCCCCACCAACAGACAAGGAUGCUGUUACCAUGGAGAUGAUCAUGGCCACCCUUCCUGAUGUGAGCCAGUCCUGUGUGCAGAUGGCUAUCACAUGGCAUCUGGGGCGAGCUCAACCAGAUGCAAUUCCUUUGGGCAAAUACACAGAGGAGCACUUCACUGAGGGGCGGGCCCAGGAGCUGAUUGACAGGUUCAGAGGGGAGCUGAAGGAGAUUGAGGGCCACAUCAUGAGUCAGAAUGAAGGACUGGAGCUUCAGUACCUUUACCUCCUGCCCAGCCGCGUAGAAAACAGCAUCACUAUAUAGAAUGACUAACGGACUAACUUCUUCUUUAGUUUUGGCGCUUGGCGACAAAUGGGCAUUACGUCACCAACUGGAAUGGAGCGUGCAUUAACUUGCAACCUAGGAGCAGUGAUUCGCCAAACCUGCUCUUUUGCAGUCCUAAAAUUUCUUCUGAUUUGUAUUUUGUAGUAAUGAGUAACGGAGAUGCUUACAGUAGGUGAAAUGUAUCGGAGUAAAAGUACAUAAACAUUUUAUUUUGGAAAAGUAGUGGAGUAAAUGUGAAAGUUUCCAGCAAUAUAAAUAACGAAGUGAAGAAUGAAUGUAUGAGAAUAUUCUACUUAAGUACAGUAACAGUACAGUGUGUGUUUUCCAUGACAUUACAACAGCCACUCACUGAUGAAGUCCAUGAGCUGAAAGCUGAGUUAAGCUCAUUUUGUCAAGCUUCACUUUUUGCCGGUACACUCUCUUGUCAUGUUUGUUAUUUAAAGCCAAUAUUUCCAUGUAUAAGUAUCCACCACUUUAUUAUGGAACUUACGUCAUGGUAAUUGAAGCAACAGAUGUUGACAAUGUGUUGAAAAGCUGGAAGAUCCAGCUUCACUGUGAGGAAGCUGCACUUUUGCACGUUUUAAAAAUGUAGGGACAAAAGCAAGCUCUGCAGAAGUGAAAAAUCCACGCUUGUGUCAAAUAAACAAUCUAACCAAGCGUAACUCCACAUAUCUUUAAUGUUUGAAAUGAAUGCUGGACUACAACCUUGGACAUUUGAAUAAAGACAACCAUUCAAAACAUACAGACAAAAGUCCACUGAAACUAAAGAACUAGAUCUAAUGACACUAACAUUCCAAACACUGAUACUGGCAAUAACCAAAAAAUACAUUCUAUUGUACAGUACAGUAUAGAUUUUAAAAAAACAAACAAUUUUAACAAGAAUAAUCACUGAGACUCUGGAGAACAACAGCUAUUAGCGUUUCAGUGGGUAGUUUUUACCACCACAAUCAAAUCAUUGCAUCACUUCAGAGGUAGAAUUAAUCUCAUCUUGAAUACAUGAAGGUGCAAAACGUCGAUCUGCUCCCAACACAGCGGCCAGUCUCUCUCCCCCCCCCACCCCCACUGUAGUUUAUGAUUAGGAAUUUUAAACCCUGAGACAGAAGUCAGUGAUUAGAGAAGAGCUGCGAGCUCCCGAACGCGGCCUCCUGCUGCCAGAGUGCUUCUGGGAGCUCCUCCAUCCAGCGGGUGGCACUAGUGCACCAGGUACUCCUACAGAACAACAGGAUUAAAAUAAUGAUCACGGUUACACUACUUUCACACAUGCUCCAUUCCUCAUUGCAGUGUUUUCCCCUAGCUUUGUGGAAGACUUAGGUGUCUUUCAGGCAUCCUUACUCAAGAAAAUUUUAUAUUUUUCAAUUAAAAAGAGAAGAAAAAUGCUAGUUCCCCCAUACAUUUUGUGUCUCUUUGUGGGAUUUUGUCUCUUUGUGUUGUCUUGUCGUGUCUCUUUUUGGUCAUGUAUUUCCCCUUUGGAAUAGUUUUGGGUCUCUGUGGUCAUGUGGCGUCUCUUUGUAGUCCGUUUGUGUCCCUUUGGGGUAGUUUUGCAUCUCUCUUUUUCCACAUUAUUUUGGAACGUUAUCACCAUUAUCGGUGUCAAAAAAAGAUGGAAAAGCUAGAGCAGAUAUUAAACAACUGACACCCAAAAAAGUUUAAAGACAAAACUCGCUAAAGAAGUCCAACUACAGUCAUUGGAUAUAAGAUUUGGCGUAGGCGCUGCACCUAAACUUUAUAAUGGCGGGGGAAAACCAUGUCAUUUCUGAUCACGCUGUAUUUGAUUCGUCUCAGUGUUCAAUGUUAAGGUUUUUUUUUUUUCCCCACUUUGGUCGUGCAUGUGAAAAAGAAUUCAGAAUAUAAGUAAGGUAACACUCUGUUCUGCUUUAUAUUUAUUUGCCCGAACGUGGCGUUUUACUUGCCCCGGGCCUUCAAGGCAACCCUUAUUGUUGAACUCUGUGUCUGAUAAACCUUCAAACUCAUGGAUCUCUUAUUAAAAACAACUUUUCCCC